AUGGAAAUGUCAAGUUAUGUCUCAGUUAAACAGGUCGAGCUCAUCGCAUUGUGUUUUUGUUUCGUUACGCCUUUUAAUUUAGAUGUUGUGUGAAAUAUUAUAAUUAUUCCUGCACCACUAACUGACCAUGUUAUAUUGAGUUAUCUAUUAAUAAGUGGUGCAAAUUGGGAUUACAACUCUAAAUACGUGUUCACUAUGAAUUAUAAUCGCGGUCGUGGAAGAGGUAGGGGAAAGCCUAGGUAUACCCAACAAUAUGCAGCUGGUCACCAAAGUGGGCCUAGUCCAAGUACAAUUCCUAUACCAAUCAACAAAAAUUUAAGUGUUAUUACUGUAGACUUAGAACUUGAUGAAGCUGGUUCACAAUGGAUGUCUCAACUGAGGUCAAACUGGAAUUAUAUUAAAAACAGUCCCAUUGUUGUAAAUAUGGUACUAAGGAAGUUUGAGCAGGCGGCUAAUCCAUAUGAAGAGACAUUACGAAUUGUUUACAACUGUCCAGAUUUUAAAUAUGCGAAGCAGAAGUCUCUGGCAAUUUUUGUGAUUGACGAAUUUAAGAAGUGGUGUCAAAGAGUUCGGAGUGAAAUUAUCCAUCUUCUCACUGGAGAUGUAAAACUUUCCGCUUUCAAUGUGGUGAGGCAACAGAACAACUUUUCCAUGAUGAAGUUGGUUGCUGAGGUGUAUGAAAUGCUGGAGGACUGUGAUAUAUUUUUUGAUAUUAUUCAGUGUAUGAUUCAGCAAAAACAGUACAAAGAGGCUUGUCAAAGUGUAGCCUUGUUGGGUUUACACAAAAAGUUUGGAAUUAAUGAAUUUCUUGUACCAUUGGUGCUUCAAGACAAAACUGCUGUAGUUGAAGAUUUCCUAGCUGAUAGCAUCGAACAUCAAACGGAAUUAGUUAGUUUUCUCGAUUCAAAGCUAGGAAAAAAUACUUCUGUGCGAAUGGCGUGGGAUUCAUACAUUCAUGAACAUAAAAUACCUGAAAUAAAAUAUGAUAAAAUACACACUAAGCCGUUUAGGAAAUUCAUAACGAGGUACAAAAAGAUGUACAAUCUACUUGACGAAGUAACCCCGAAUUUAAUCAAGAAACAAAAUGAAGGCGCCCUGCAAUUCCUGCUUCAACGCCGGUACGUGAAAAACGCCAUCGGUGAUGAAAGUUUCAAGGAGAUGGUGCACGAAGCAGUACAAAAUGAUAAAUAUUUACAAUUAGAAUUGGUGCUUCUUGCCGCGCAAUACGGUGAUACUGAGACGGCGUUGCAUUUUGCUCUCUUGUAUGGCAUACCGAAGCAUGACUGGCCGUACAACGUGCGAAUGUAUGUUGAUAAUCCGAAUAAUGAAAGGCAUCAACAGCAACAACCAGCCAAUCUAUUUGAAGAAGAAAAUUGGGAUGAACCAGUGCAACAGGUCGAUUAUUACAAGCUGAAUUUACCUAUUGGGAACAUAUGCUUAGUGGAUUGUCAUACAGAGUUUAACAACUUUUUGGAAAAUAAUUUGAAGCAUGCACAUAUUGUGGGGAUUGACUGUGAGUGGAAACCGAGUUUCGGCUCGCAAAAAAACGAAUUGGCAUUAAUGCAAAUUGCGACGCGUGAUGAGGUAUUUAUACUGGAUGUCAUUCAACUCGGUUCGGGUGCCGGAGCGGCACAAUUAUGGGAGAAUCUUGGACGCUACUGCUUCAAUAACUGUGAUAUAUUAAAAUUAGGUUUUGGCCUGACUAGCGACAUGUCGAUGAUAGGCCAGUCCCUGCCACACACGAACAUUAAUCAAAAAAUUGGAUUCUUGGAUCUACUGAACAUUUGGCGGCAAAUGGAGAAGCAGAACAUCAAGUUACCAUUCGAAGUACAAAGCGGUGGACCCAGCCUGAGUACGUUGGUGCAGCAGUGUUUCGGCGCGCCGUUAAACAAAGCUGAUCAGUUCUCGAACUGGGAAAAACGGCCACUACGAGACUCCCAACUGGUGUACGCUGCACUGGACGCGUACUGUUUGAUUGAGAUCUACGACGUGCUUAAGCAGUGCUGUGAGAACACGACAUUUAAUUUCGACGAAGCUUGUUAUCAUUUAAUGACAUCAUCGAACUCAUCGUUGAAGAAAUCCAAGAAAGGAUUAAAUAAAAAGAAGACUGUAAAGCCUGUGUUGAAACAACCACCCAAUACAGAUUUUCCUGUGGUUGAUGCAAGUGACAUUACUUUUGUUUGUGAUACAAUGCUGCAAGGACUAGGAAAACUGCUACGUAAAUGCGGGAUCAGCACAAAAAUAUUGGACAAUACAGAUGAUCAUAUGACAUGUUUGAAGAUUUAUCAAGAUGAGGGCAGAUACAUUUUAACUAGAGGACAAACUUUUUCAAAUUUUUAUGGUAGUGUGCCGAAGGGACAUUGCUUUAAUGUUAUCUAUGACGAUUUGGAAGAUGCGCUGAAAAGCGUAUUGGAAUAUUACAAGAUCACCGUUCGGAAAGAACACGUCUUUUCGAUUUGUCAAGCUUGCAAUAGCAACAGUUUUCUAAAACUGUCCAAAUCGACAAUGCAAACAUUGGUAAGAAACGACAAGUUUAAAAUGCAGAAUCCAAUACCAGCUGGGUUGGAAGAGGACGAUGAAGCUACAGGUUUUUCCAGUGAGGAGGAGGUGGAUGACGAUUUUUAUAUGACUGCCAAGUUGCCAGAUCCGCCAAUUUCUCGCAAAUGGGAUCUGUGUUCUGAUGAACCUGUAGAUGUUGGACUGUGCAGAUUACGGAAUGGCGUGAAAAUUAACGUUCAAGCAGUGCCGGACGGUGUGCUGGAAAAGCAGGACAUGUACUACGUCUGUGAGAUGUGUGGUAAAGUAUAUUGGGACGGCACCCAUUUUGAACGGGCUUUGGCUGGCAAACUGCAGGAAGUAGUUUUGUAAGUAACUAGCUAUUAUUGGAAACGAUCAUCUUGACAACUUAAUCAUUGCUUUCAUAAAAAAUUAUUACAAACAUUUCGAGUAACUGAUAACACGCAAUUAAUAUUUUGCUUAAAAAUAUGAUUAAAUUUGUUAUAAUUGAGAAUUAGUCCUGACGACAUUAACAUUUUUUCAUUACGGUUUUAUUAUUUUAUUUAUUACAUGAUAAGAAGUGCAAUAAUAUCGUUAGGUAUUUUUUCUCGUUUAAGAAUUGCUUUAUAUAUUUAUUUGAACUCUAAAAAUAUCAAAUUUAUAAAGCUAUUCGUAUUUAAGAAUAUGUAUAUUAUUUUCAUUUUUGUAUUAAUUGACAAUAUAAAUGGUAUAGUAAAUUUUA